AUGCUCGAGGGUUUCAGUGCGCAGUCUUGGCUCAGCUGGUAUGCAAAUUCCACAAGAGCGCCACCAAAUCGGUGGGAUCGUGAGAGCUUUGAGACUGCCCAUAACCACGUCUUCUACGUUAAGGAAUGCACCAGGCCGAUGUCCGGGCGUUCUGAAGGUGAAGACAGGAUGCAUGGAGCUUACCAUACCUUUGGUAAUGCCGGGUGGCACACCAAGGAGAUUUGGCUGCAACGGAGGAGCAUUAAGCUUGGACACGGAAGGGCUGCGACUCCUCCAAGCAAUAUUCCCGAGUAA